UUGACAAUGACCUGUUUCCAUUACAGAGUUGAGGGUAAAGGUGCAGCGGUGAUAAAUGAAGUGACCUAUAACAGUAAGUAUGUAAGCACUGCUGACACCAAAAAUGAUGACAGAGUUUCACAUUAUAAGGUCAAACUAGCUGACUUGCAGAAAGAGAAGAAGGCUUUGGAAGCAAAAAAACACAGACUUCAAAAACAACGCACUGUGUUGGAUGGAUUUGCUGACAAUCUUAUGAAGCCCAGUACUGUAACUGAUAAGGAAGGUACUCAGGCCAGUUUGACGCGUGUACUUGACAGAGAUUUAUUGGAAGGUAUGACAGGAUUCUUUGAUCUAUAUGAAAAUCAAGCACAAAAGCUAGAUGCAUCGCUUCACCAACUUACUAUGGACAUGGAAGCGUUAGAUGAGGAAAUAGUAGCUGUUACCAAAAAUAUAAACCAAAUAGAUAGCUCUAAAGAUGGAUUUCAAGAAAG